AUGCCACAAAUCGGCUGGUAUGGACUCGGGUCCAUGGGCCUAGCAAUGGCCUCCAAUCUGCAGCGCCACCUAGCCACGAAGAAGGCCUUGAGCCUGAUCUACUCGAACCGCACGAUGUCGCGCGGAGCACCCCUGCAAGCACUGGGUGCAAUCCCAGUAGCCAAUUUCGAGAAGUUGGUGUCUCAAUGUGGAAUUAUUUUCACCAUGAUCUCGAAUGACGCAGUCCUCCAAAGCCUGCUAUCCACCGCCAUGGGUUCAAGCCAGUCCUUGAAAGACAAGAUCUUCGUCGACUGCUCAACAGUGCAUCCCGAUACUGUAAAAUCGGCUGUAUCGGAGCUGAAAAGCAAGGGUGCAUCGUACGUAGCAGCGCCGGUCUUCGGCGGGAACCCAAUUGCCGUGGAUGGCAAACUUGUUUUUGCCAUUGGUGGCCCGAAGAGUGCGACUGAUGCCGUCAAACCUCUGAUCCAGGAUGUUAUGGGUCGGCGCGUGAUUGAUUGCGGUGAGGAUGCGACAAAGGCUUCCCUUCUGAAAAUCGCGGGUAACAUUGUUACUGUUAACAUGAUGGAGGCUGUUGGUGAGGCUCAGGUCUUUGCCGAGAAGACCGGACUUGGAACUGGUCCUAUGGAAGAACUCAUUGGCGAGGCUUUUGGUGCUGUUGCCGGAGGGUAUUCUAAGAGAUUGACUACCGGUGCUUAUGCGCCGCCCCUGGACUCUCAUCCUGGAUUUGGUGUUUCUCUUGCUAUCAAGGAUGCUAGACAUGCUAUGUCAAUGGCCCAGGAUCAGGGUGUUGAGCUUCCUGGCCUUGAGAUUGCCAAGACUAACAUGGAGGCUGCGAGAGAAUAUGGCGGAGAGUGCCUGGAUAGCAGUUCGAUGUACGGAAUUCUACGCCAGAAGGCUGGUCUGGCGUUUUGGAAUGAGAAGAGCAGGAAAGAGUAA